CCUUCGAGCCCACCUUUUUCUAUAUAAAACCGCAAACUUGUCUUGUUUUCUUAGCAGAGCAAAUAGUGAAAUUUGCGCUUUCUAACAAGCUUAAAGAGUUAAAGCGAGGAUGUCAGGGGUAUCAGUGGUGUUCUUGUUCGUGCUCUGUCUUUUUGCCACUCUCGUCCGAGGAUUGCACGACAAUGAGAGGAAGCCAUACAUUGUAUACAUGGGAGAAGUGCCGGAGGCCAAAACCAGUAUCGAGGACGAACACCACAACCUGCUCAUGGCGGCAAUCGGAGAUGAGGACACAGCAAGACAAGCCAAGAUCUACAGUUAUGGUAAGAGCUUUAAUGGGUUUGCGGCCAGGCUCUUGCCACGGGAAGCUCAGAAGCUAUCAGAUGAAGACACAGUCGUGUCGGUGUUUGCCAACACAAAACGGAAACUUCACACGACUCGAUCUUGGGACUUCCUAGGAAUGCCAGAGACCUCGGGGAGAAGAAACUCCAAGGUUGAGAGUAACAUUAUCAUAGGCCUUCUAGAUACAGGCAUCUAUGUAAACGCCCCAAGUUUUGAUGACAAUGGCUUUGGACCUGCCCCAGCCAAAUGGAAAGGCAAAUGUAUGAAGGGUGUCAACUUCACUGGCUGCAACAACAAGGUGAUUGGUGCGAAGUACUUCAACCUGGACAAUAUCGCGACCGGACCAGUGACCCCUGCUGAUGACGACGGCCACGGGACCCACACCUCGUCCACUGCAGCUGGCGUAGCUGUGAAAGGAGCUAGCUUUUACGGCAUAGCCAAGGGGACUGCAAGGGGAGGCGUGCCAUCAGCCCGCAUUGCCAUGUACAAAGUGUGCUGGGGAAAUGGCUGCUCUGACAUGGAUCUCUUGGCCGGUUUCGACCAUGCGAUAGCAGACGGCGUGGAUCUGAUCUCGGUGUCGAUAGGCGGUCCCUCCAAGGACUUCUUCAGCGACCCGAUCGCAAUUGGCUCGUUCCAUGCCAUGAAGCGGGGGGUUCUGACUUCCUGCUCAGGAGGGAAUGAUGGGCCUUCGGAUUACACCGUCGAAAAUGUUGCGCCGUGGAUUAUGACGGUUGCCGCAAGUAGCAUCGACAGACAGUUCCAAACAGAAUUUAAGUUAGGCAAUGGCGUAUCGUAUAAUGGACUUUCAAUCAAUACUUUUUCGCCGAAGAAGCGGAUGUACCCUUUAAUAAGCGGAACACUUGCGGCCAAUGCUAGCCAGCAGGGCUAUCUGAAUGCAAGUGCUUGUGAUUAUGGGAGCCUAAGCCAGGAGAAGGUAAAGGGAAGAGUUGUAUAUUGUGAGGGAUAUUAUGGCCAGGAUGAUACAAUCAAACAACUGGACGGGAUUGGAAUCGUCACUUCCAGUGAUAGCUCAGCGGAUGUCGACGUCGCCUUCAUCAUGUCUAUGCCUGGAACUACAGUUAGCAGCCAGGACAGUGAAAAGAUAGACCGCUAUAUUAACUCUACCAAAAAUCCUCGAGCUGUCAUAUCCAGGACAAGAACGACCAAGAUGAAUGCACCGUUCAUCGCAGCUUUCUCUUCCAGAGGACCCCAACAAAUCACGCUCAACAUCCUUAAGCCUGACCUUGCAGCACCCGGACUCAACAUACUGGCUGCUUAUUCAAAACUUCCGCCAGUGACGGAGGAUCCAUUAGACAAUCGACAUGCCACAUUUAACAUAUUAUCGGGAACGUCCAUGGCUUGUCCUCACGCGGCAGCAGCAGCAGCCUACGUGAAGAGAUUUCACCCAAAUUGGUCACCGGCCGCGAUCAAGUCUGCUCUAAUGACUACCGCCGUGCCUAUGAAAAUCAAGGACCAGUUCGCCGAGCUAAGUUCGGGGUCAGGCCAAAUAAAUCCAGUGAAGGCGGUGAAUCCCGGCCUCGUGUACGAUAUCCCUAUGAGAUCAUACAUCAGCUUCUUAUGCAAGGAAGGGUACAAUGGCACAGCCAUCGCCUUGCUCACCGGUGGCAAGAAGAAAUUCAAUUGCUCGAGCUUUAAGCCCGCACAUGGCACCGAUGGCCUAAACUACCCUUCCAUGCAUCUCCAACUCACGGAUACAAGCGCUCGCAUCUCCGCCGUCUUUUACCGAACCGUGACGAACGUUGGGCCCGUCAAAACGGUGUAUAAGGCCAGAGUGACUGCUCCAGAGGGUGUCUCCAUCCAGGUCGUCCCGGACACUCUGAAGUUCGACAAGUUGCAUGAGAACCGGUCGUUCAAGGUCGUGGUGAAGGGUGGUCGGGUAGAGAAGGGUACACACACCAUGUCAGGGUCACUUGAAUGGAGAGACUCGAGACAUCGUGUUAAGAGUCCAAUCUUAGUUUUCACCACAGACCAACCAAUUAUCGUAUAGAGUAGAUAAAAUCUUGUCUUCUGAUCUGGCUAUGUUGUCUCAACCACAAGGCUAAUCCUGUUCUGGAGCUAGAAUACGAUGCAGGUGUUUCAUUUCCUUC